GCAGUGCUAUGCUACAACAGAUUUCCCCAUUAUUGCAUCAUCAGACUGCCAUCUCUCCUAUAAAAGCUUGAGGCAUUUUUAAAUGAAAUAAUAUGAAUUCUAUUAAUAAAACAGCAGAGGUCAAUGUCAUAUAGAUCUAGCAAUAUGGUGGAUGGUAGAGAUGGUAAAGAGGUCAAUUCUAUAGAGCAAGGGAGCAGCAGUUCUUGGAGCAUUCAAACAGAACCCAAGCCACCAAGUAAUGGCAGACAAAGGAGAGUCUGGGAAGGAAGGAGCUUCUUUAGGCGCCUCUGGUCGGGGCUAUGCUCUUACUGGGUUAUAGCCGAACUCUGGACUGUUACAAAACUAUCUAUUCCAAUUGGAUUGUCGUUUGUUCUUCAACAAACCAUUUAUUCAAUUGCACUGAUUUUUGCUGGUCACUUACCGGAUGAGGAAAAUACCUCACUUAACUUAGAUAGUUUAGCUCUUGCAAAUUCGAUGAUCAAUGUCACUGGUUUGUCCAUUGGAAUAGGUCUCUCAAGUGCAGCAGACACACUCUGUGCUCAAACGUAUGGCUACAAGAAUUACAAAAGAGUUGGAAUAAUAUUUCAAAGAGGUCUUCUCAUCCUUUUAUUAACGGCACUGUUUAUUUGUUGGCUGUUGUUGAACACAGAAUCCUUUCUAUUAUUAUUACAGCAGCCUCCCUGUGUAGCAAGAUUAACUGGAAGAAUAGUCCAAAUUUUGACUCUUAGCCUUCCUGGCAUUUUUCUGUUUACCAUGCUGCAAAAAUUUUUGCAAACUCAAAGUAUUGUCUGGCCUUUCAUUCUCUGUGCUUUUGCUACUAAUGUGAUUCAUGUCAUCAUCAUUGCAAUCUUUGUCUAUGUCUUCCAUUUUGGAGUAAUUGGUAUAGCUGUUGCAUAUGUCAUUUCAAACUAUGUCCAGCCAUUACUACUCAUAUUGUACAUUAAAGUCAUGAAGCUCCACAAAAAGACAUGGGGAGGAUGGACUCUAGAUUGUUUUGAUGGCUGGAUGGAGUUUUGUAAACUCGGUCUUCCUGGGGUUGGUAUGAUUACUGUGGAGUGGGGAAGCUUUGAAGUCACAGCUUUUGUUCUUGGGUCAUUAGGAGAAGUAGAACUAGCAAUUAAUACGAUUUUGAUUAACACAAUUACAUUUUUAUUCAUGAUAUCAUUGGGUUUAUCUGUAGCAGCAUCAAUAAGAGUUGGUAAUGAGUUAGGAGCUGGUAAUCCUGUCAAAGCCAAACGUUCUGCUAUUGUAUGUAUUGGAGCUAAUGCUGUUGUUGUAUUGAUUUUAUCUGCAGUUGUUGAAGGGAUGGGAAGCAAUAUAGGAAAACUAUACAAUGUUGAACAAGCUGUCAUGGAAAAACUUCCAAAUGUCAUUCGACUUUUGGGAUUUGUAAUCAUCACCGAUCAGUUGCAAGGAGUAAUGUCUGGAGUUAUUCGUGGUAUUGGACAUCAGCUAUGGGGAGCAGGAGUCAAUUUUAUAGCAUUUUAUAUAAUAGGACUGCCUAUUGGAAUUCCUUUAGCUAUAUUCACUAGCUUAAAAUCUUUUGGUAUGUGGAUUGGACUAUUCUCUGCUAGCCUAACACAAGUGGUCGGCUAUGGUAUAAUAUUAUUGUGUCUCAAUUGGAAGAAAGAGUCGCAACUGGCCAUGAAAAGAGGAGAAGGAGAGAAAGAAGGCCAUCAUCAUAGAAAUGAAGAGGAGGAAGGAGAGAGAAUUGAGCUACAGGAGUACAGACCUGUCAGGCUAGAAGAAGAAUUAGAAUGUGAUGAAGAAAGGAAUGAGAAUGAGACCAUGGGAGAGAAUGAGAACGAGAUUGAGGAGAAUGAGAACGAGAUUGAGGAGAAUGAGAACGAAGAUCAAGACGACAGAGAAUUAUUAACAGACAAGCUAUUAGAAGAUGAUGACGAUGAUGACAAAAAGCAAGAAAAUGCUCCUGAAAUUACGCUACAGACAAGUACAAGGAAGUCAAAGAAAGUCAGAAUAACAAAGAUACUACUGACAAAAGGAGUUCUGUAUCUAAUUGGUAUCAUUGGUUGUGUAGCAGCUAUAUUUGCCAGUAGAUUCACACCACCAGAAUCAAUUAUUAAUGGAAAUUUUUCCGAGUGUACAGAUAAUUAUUAUUUAUACCAUAAUACCACCUAUUAAUUGUUAUUAAUUAUUAA